AUGAAAAUGGAAUCAAGGGAAUCUGGAAAGGAAUUCAUCCCGUACCAACAAAUUCAAACUGACAUAACUCCGCCAAAAUCUAUUGUUAUUGAAUCAUUUAAUGAAAUUGACAAUAAUCACAUAAACGACUUUUAUGAUGAACUGGAGGAGUUUAUGGAUAAGUAUAGGGACGAAAUAGAUCCAAAUGAUCAUAAUUUCGACUAUUCAAAGCGUAAACAAUACAAUGUUCACAAGCAACUUAACUUACCAAUAAAAAUAAUCCAAGACCCAGUUAUAUCUCAAACUCAGGGAAGGUUGUUUUCAAGGGAAACUGAUCUUGCUAUGGAACAAAUGAGGAUCCCACGAAGUUUUUAUGGAAAUCAAUCAUAUGGUACGUAA